AUGUUUCGCCCAGACGCGCACUCGGGCCAUUCCACCGACUCCGAAGAUCCGCAUGCUGAUGAGCAGCUGCAGGCCCAUCCUCGCAAGCGGGCACGCAGGCAAGCAAAGAACACCAGCAGCGCCAAGAACGCUGACGGCCCGCAAUCACUGCAGAACCUCGACACAUACGUGUUCCGCGCUGACCCCAACCUCAUCGACUACCGUGCCAAGGCAUUCAAGCACCAGAAGCAAGACGGCAUCAAGGCCAUCAUUGCCACCCUCAAAGGAGAGAGCUCGGAGUACCAUCAGGCGUUGAAGGAAGAGGAAAAGGAGUUCAAGAGGCUAUCCGCAGUCCUUGAUUCGACAGCGUUGCGCUUUGCGGAGAACAUCGAGGAAGAGUUUGAAGCGGAGGUGGCAAGAGCAAAGGCCGAGCGAGAGAAGGAGCUGGCGGCGUGUCGGCAGCAGUUGGAGGCGGACCUUCGCAAUGCGCUUGACGGCGUUGAGAGCGCGCUGGCCGAUCUCCAAGACGACAACGCCAUCACCGUCGUCACCCAAGAGCUCUCCGGCAUCCAGCCAGGAAUCACCAAGCGCACGCUGAGGAGCAGGAACGGAAAGAAAACCAACAAGCCAAAGCCAACCAAGCGACGGGUGCGUCGUGAGUUCAAGUACCGGCAAGCGGACUAUCUCCUGCUGCCCGCACACGACCUUCAAGAUGACCUCACUCUCCUCGCGUCAAACAUGGACAAGCCGUUCAAGAUGAAGCCCAUCAGCACAACCAAGACCAGGAAGAACAAGUGA